ACUCGAUCCACCAUCUGGAGAUAAAACCUGCUGUUGCCUGCUUGUGCAGCCGGUAAGAGCGAGUUCCACACACGCGGUGGAUGGAACCGUGGUGAACUAUUGGCGGUUCUGGACUACAAACGGUUAUUGUCAUCUUCCUAACUGAUGUUCCCGAGCUCAUCUGCAGUUGCACAAUGGCUGUCUGUUCACUUUGCGUAAUAGCCAGGACCCAAAGAAACUAUAGCACAUUUAGUAUAAUUACAGGAUAGCAAUAAGUACCAUCGUCAUCAGCACACUAUACCUCUGUUUUCUUGCCAGUCUCUGACAAGUCCUGUAAAAACAGGUGGGCCUGCAAGAAAAUAUAUUUAUAUUUUUCCUUGUACUUCAAUAUUUUUUUGUUAUAUAUUCUAGCAUUAGUUUUUGGGGCAUUUGUGCCUAAAAUUUACAAUCAUGGUUUCAACAACUGCAGCUGUAACAGCAAUAGUGUUAGCUAGCACUGCAGCAACAGCGGGGCCCUUGACGACUUACUUAUGGCUGCUGAUCAUCGGCUUUAUCAUCGCCUUUAUCUUGGCCUUCUCCGUUGGUGCCAACGACGUCGCCAACUCAUUUGGCACCGCCGUGGGCUCUGGAGUAGUCACUCUAAAACAGGCUUGCAUUCUGGCCACUGUGUUUGAGACUCUGGGUUCUGUGCUCCUCGGGGCCAAGGUCAGUGAAACCAUCCGCAAGGGUAUCAUCGACGUGGGCAUGUACAAUGGCUCUGAGCAUGUGUUGAUGGCCGGAUCCAUCAGCGCCAUGUUUGGCUCUGCUGUGUGGCAGCUGGCUGCCUCUUUCCUUAAGCUCCCAAUCUCUGGAACUCACUGUAUUGUUGGUGCUACUAUUGGCUUCUCUCUGGUAGCCAGAGGCCAGCAGGGAGUCAGGUGGCUCCAACUUCUCCGUAUUGUUGCUUCCUGGUUUCUGAGUCCCCUCUUGUCUGGUCUAAUGUCAGCAGUCGUUUUCUACUUUGUGCGCUUGUUCAUCUUACACAAGAAAGACCCGGUACCUAAUGGACUUAGAGCCUUGCCUAUGUUCUACGCAAUCACCAUGGGAAUCAACCUGUUCUCCAUCAUGUUCACUGGAGCUCCGAUCCUGGGAUUUGACAAGCUGCCUUGGUGGGGUGUCCUGCUCAUUUCUCUGGGUUGUGCACUGCUGACGGCCAUCGUGGUCUGGUUCAUAGUCUGCCCCCGCCUGAAGAAGAAGAUUGAACGAGACAUCAAGUCUUCCAGCCCGUCAGAGAGCCCCCUAAUAAAGGAAAUGGAAGGCCAUUGUCCCAUCCUGAAGCAGACCACAAAGGAGGAGUCUGCGCCUUCAGUCCCAGCUGUCAAUCAGAGCCCCUCAGCUCAGCCCGCUUCUGAAGAGCGGCAUGUGGCGUUUGACAUCGGGGACUGUGACGAUGGGGAAGUUGUCAAAGAACGCAAGGUGGCGUUUGAUAUCGGAGAGUCGGAUGAAACUGACUACAGCAGUGCAAAUGGUGUCCCCAAACAGGUCCAACCAAACAAUCAAGUCCAGCACAGCAACGGCUCUGCAAACUCCACCAACCAGGUCCAGUUCAACAACCAUGUCCAGUUCAACAACAGGCCGGCGCAGAUGCCAAGUAACGGCUACAGCCAGUACCACACGGUCCACAAGGACUCCGGUCUCUACAAGGACCUCCUGCACAAGCUCCACCUGGCCAAGGUGGGCGACUGCAUGGGCGAAGGUGGUGACCGUCCUAUAAGGCGCAACAACAGCUACACCUCCUACACCAUGGCCAUCAUCGGCAUGCACGCUGACUUCAAGCACAAAGAUGCCGAUCCGCAGGAGGGUGAGAAAAGUGGCCCCGGGGGUCAGGACAGGAAGCGCGUGCGCAUGGACAGUUACACCAGCUACUGUAAUGCCGUGGCAGAGUACGCCACCCCCGAAAGCAUCGGGGAGGGUGAUGUGGCACUGGACAUUGGAAAGGAGGACGCAGACAGCACCCAGAGUUCCCUGGAUGAAGACGGCCUUGAAGCAGACAAACCGGAAGUCUCUAUGCUUUUCCAGUUCCUACAAAUUCUCACCGCCUGCUUCGGGUCCUUCGCUCAUGGAGGAAACGACGUCAGCAAUGCCAUUGGACCAUUGGUAGCGCUGUGGCUGGUUUACAACAGUGGCAGCGUCGACUCGGAUGAACAAACACCCACUUGGCUGCUGCUCUACGGGGGCUUGGGCAUCUGCACUGGGCUCUGGGUGUGGGGGCGCAGAGUGAUCCAGACUAUGGGCAGGGACCUCACUCCCAUCACCCCCUCAAGUGGUUUCAGCAUCGAGUUGGCGUCCGCUCUGACUGUGGUAGUUGCUUCCAACAUUGGCCUGCCUGUCUCCACCACCCACUGUAAGGUGGGCUCUGUGGUGGCCGUCGGGUGGCUCCGCUCCAGGAAGGCAGUGGACUGGCGUCUAUUCCGCAACAUCUUUAUGGCAUGGUUUGUGACUGUGCCCAUCUCGGGCCUGAUCAGCGCCGCCAUCAUGGCCAUCUUCAUCUACGGCAUCAUAUGAGCCUGCAGACGCAAACCCCCAGCCGGGGGAGGGGAGAAGACAACUGCUCCAUGGGCACCGAGAGAGGAGCGGAGUUGGGUGGGGUUAAAAUAUAUAUCGCUUACCUCACGCCAACAACUUUUAAAAAGAAAACACAAUGUGAUGGGACGUGUGACCUAAGCCUUUUGAAAGAUGGCUGCAUUAUGUAACAACUUGCUUGCUUCCAUUUGGGCCUCCCAUUGAUAACAUUACAUUUUUUUUCCCCCCAUAUCUUCUUAAUUCUGUCAGAGUAAAGGCUUUCUCUAAUACAAGCUUCUGUUUUUACUUUGCAGUUAAGACAUUUUUUGAAAGAACCCUGUUUAGAACAAGACCAAUUAAAAUGCAGUAUUAGACAUUUGCAGAUGUAGUAUUUCCUGUCUUAACACAUCAUGGAGGUCACGUAGAUGCAAAAGUGUUUUUUUUUUUUAAAGUUAAAAUGGUUAUAGGUGUGUUUUUAUUUGGCAAUAGUCAAAUGUAUGAUGUAUUGUCAACUACAUUUAGAGAAAGUAUUUUUACAUUCAAUUCUGACACCGUAUAAAGAAGUACAAAGCCCACUUGUGGAUCCCAUAACUGAAGACGACUGAAGAACAAUGUUACCUGAAUUUGAUGUUAAAAACAAUGUGCUGAACUCCUGUUUCAACUUGAAGGAAUCGUGAAUCUUUAUGGUUAAAUGCUUUAGACCUCCUUUUUAGUUCACCUCAUCGCCGUGAUAUUCCUUCCUGUGGGAUUUCCACCCGCCUUGACUGGUUUGCGGUUUCAGUUUCUUGGCUUUCCUCCUUUCCUCCACCUGGCAGGUGAAUAAGCCAGGUGGUCUGCUGUGUGUUUGGGAGAAGAGGUGUUGCAUUCCAUUGGUGAUGUGUGUGUCUGCAGAAAUAAUGCAUAUCACACAUGCAGAUGCUGUAGCUGCCUUAAAUUUAAUUUGCCCUUAAGGUACCAAAGAAUUAUUUGUUUUUUUACUUUAAAUGCACAUCAACACACUUGAGCAACACUGUGGAUGGGGGGGAAACAUGACAGUGAAAUAAA